CCGAGGUCGGUUUCUGAGCACUAGGAUAUCUAAGCAUUUCUCCUUCCAUUCUUUCUCUGCAAUUUCUCCAACAAAACACACAUCAUCCUCUCUUCAAACAAAAAUCUCAAAAAACUGAAUAGAAUUUUUUCAAGGCAGCUGGGCAUACUGCAAAUCCAUCAGAUCAAUGUUGUAUUCUGUUUGGGCGCCUACUACUUUCACACCUUAUCAAAGAAUCCCUGAUUUUCGAAGAAAACGUCCAAUACAUACAAAAUUUCGUGUUUCUGCUUCGAUACCUGAUACUCAUGGACCUAAGAAGGAGUACACUCCGUGGUUGAUUGUCGGAUUAGGGAACCCUGGAAACAAGUAUCACGGAACCAGGCACAAUGUUGGUUUUGAAAUGAUUGAUUCGAUCUCUCAAAAAGAAGGGAUAAAGCUAAAUACUAUACAAUCUAGGGCUUUAAUUGGAAUAGGAUCCAUUGGAGAGGUGCCGAUUUUGUUGGCAAAACCUCAGACCUACAUGAAUUUUAGUGGAGAAGCGGUUGGACCACUCGCUGCCUACUAUCAAGUACCUUUGCGCCAUAUACUUUUGGUUUAUGAUGAGAUGAGCUUACCCAAUGGUGUUAUGAGGGUUCAGCCAAAAGGAGGACAUGGUCAUCAUAACGGGCUCAAAAGCGUUAUGGACCAUUUGGAUAGCUGUCGGGAGUUUCCCCGACUGUGCGCAGGGAUUGGUAAUCCUCCUGGCACCAUGGACCAGAGAGCUUUUCUGCUUCAAAAGUUCAGUAUCGAGGAGCGGAAGCAGGUCAAUGCUGCACUUGAACAAGGUGUAGAAGCCGUGAGGACCCUUGUCAUGAAAGGUUUCGAUGAUGGCAUCACCAGAUUCAAUUUGGGACAGAAAUACAAGUAUCACAAGGUUGACCUCCUACCGAAGCGUAACACAGCGCGCAAUGUAAAGGGUGAGAGGUCUACCAGAAACUGAACAGAAUUAUUGUAGUUUGUAUUAACGUGUUGAAGUAAUUGGUUAGUUCAUGCAAAGUUUCACAGAAAAUGAACUAAAUUGUACAAGUCUACUAGCAAGGACAUAAUACGAGUAGGAAUCUCUAGAAA